AUGAAGACAGACAGCGGGCUGCAGAAUGGGCCGCUCACUGGAAGGAAGCAGAGUCUGAUCGAGGACGCCCGGCGGGAGCGCAGCAGCGGCCCCUGCUCGUCCCCGGGGCCCUCCAGGUGCGGAGACGGCUUCGUGUUCGAGGAGCGGGACGGCAGAGUCACAGUCAAUAUCCUGUUCGCCCUUAGCAAUGAGAAGAAUGUGGGAUUCUUCAAAACUGGGAAAAUAUUUGAGACGUUUGAGGCUAAACUCCUACAUGUGGAGAGUCGGCCGGGGAAGAGGUCCAAAAACAGCACGACGGAGCUGGACUUCUUCAUGAGGUGUGAGGUGCACAGCUCCGACCUGGACAUCUUCAUCAACUCCCUGAAGAGAGUGGCCGACGAUGUUCGCACUGUCCCAGAGGAGAAAGUUCCCUGGUUUCCCAGACAGAUAAAAGAUCUGGACAGAUGCAACCUUUUAAUAACAAAAUUUGAUCCAGACAUGGACGAGGAACACCCAGGCUUCAGUGAUCCAGAAUACAGAAAAAGGAGGGCUUUCAUCACUGAGCUUGCCUUUAACUACAAACAGGGGGACCCACUGCCCAUAGUGGAGUACACGGCAGAAGAAAUAUCCACAUGGAGGGAAGUUUACAAGACAUUGCGGAGUAUCUACCCGAGCCUGGCCUGCAGGCAGUUCCUGGAUGCUCUGCAGCAGCUGGAGAGGGAGUGUGGCUACGGAGAGGAGAAGAUCCCUCAGCUCCGAGAGGUUUCUGCCUUCCUAAAAGGGAAAACAGGCUUCCAGCUGCGUCCAGUAGCCGGCCUGCUGUCAGCCAGAGACUUCCUAGCGAGUCUGGCCUUUCGGGUGUUUCAGUGCACCCAGUACAUCCGCCAUUCUUCGGCACCCAUGCACUCCCCCGAGCCUGAUUGCUGUCAUGAACUACUGGGCCAUAUCCCCAUGCUGGCAGAUAAAGAAUUUGCCCAGUUUUCCCAGGAGAUUGGCCUUGCCUCACUUGGAGCAUCAGAUGAGGACAUUGAGAAACUGUCAACAUUGUACUGGUUCACUGUGGAGUUUGGACUCUGUAAGCAGAAUGGGACAGUGAAAGCUUACGGUGCUGGACUCCUGUCCUCCUAUGGAGAGCUUGUUUAUGCUCUGUCUAAUGAGCCAGAGUACAAGCCAUUCAACCCGGAGGAGACUGCCGUCCAGCCCUAUCAGGACCAGGCCUACCAGCCUGUUUACUUUGUGUCUGAGAGCUUUGAGGAUGCCAAGAUUAAGCUGAGGAGGUACUCUGCAACAAUCAAGCGCCCCUUCUCUGUGCGCUAUGACCCGUAUACCUGCAGCAUAGAGGUCUUGGAUCAGUCCAGCAAGAUCCAGAACGCCCUGAGCCAAAUGAGAGAAGACCUGAAGAUCCUUCACAGUGCUUUGGAGAAGCUGGGGUGA